AUGAAGAAAGUGUCCAGCUCAAUCAACCUCGCAUCGCUCGGUGUCAGCGUAUUGACAACGAGAAAGACGAGAGCUGGCGGUAUACUACUGGAGGUUGACGGGAUCGAGAAAGCCUCUCUUCUGGCUGACAAGAUCCGGGCAGUAAUUGGGGACACUGCUAGGGUCAGGCUACCCGAACCCCGGACUCCCGUCCUGCUACUGGGCAUCCCCGAAUGGGUAGAGGUCGAAGAGGUCCUAGAAGGACUCGUGCGAGCCGGAAUCACUGGGGUCGCAGCCGGGGAUGUUAGAAUCCAGAAGAACGCUGGUGGCCGGGGUGAGUACGUAGCCAGCCUAACCCUGCCUCUCAAGGACGCUAUUCAGCUGGCGGAAACAAAGGUAGUUGUCAUAGGAUGGACGAAAUGCAGAGUUAAGCUGAUAGAAAAAAACCAGCCCACCUGCUACCGAUGCCAAGGAAAAGGCCAUCUCGCCGCUGAAUGCCACAAUGAUGCAAAGCCCCGCCGCUGUCACAGGUGUCAAGACGAGGGCCAUCUUGCAAGGGACUGCAUGCAACUCCCGCGGAGACAACAGACUGAUAGUGCCAGCAACCCUUGCAGCCGGAGGUGCAAUACCAGCAGCGACAACAGCAUGAACAGCCACAGGAACCGCAGCAGGAACCCCAGUAGCAGCAGACCUGGAGCGAGGUCGUUAGAAUGA